AAAGGAGACACAGGUGUAGAUAAAGAAUAUACUGCCCCCCUCUCUCUUUCUCCUCAACCAAGGAUUUGAAGGCCUGAACUGUGAAAUCAACUUUGAUGACUGCUCCUACGGCUUCUGUAAAAACAAUUCGACGUGCUUAGACCUGGUUGCAGACUACGCUUGUGUUUGUCCUCCAGGCUUCAUGGACAAAAACUGCUCAAUGGACAUUGAUGAAUGUCCCUUCAAGCCCUGCAAAAAUGGAGCCAGUUGCCAUAAUUUGAUUGGCGAAUUUUACUGUAACUGCUUGCCAGGUUUUACUGGUAAGCUGUGUGAAACACCUAUUGGUGGCUGCUUGUCACGGCCUUGUGGCGCUUUCAGUCUCUGUGAAGAUGGAUUUGAUGGUUAUCGUUGUUUCUGUGCACCUGGUUUUAUAGGGAAUAACUGUGAGACAGAAAUGGAUGAGUGCCUAAGUGGCCCCUGCCGCAAUGGUGCUACGUGUGUCGAACAGCUUAAUGCCUUCAGCUGCCAGUGUUCUGAUGGAUUUCAAGGCACACUUUGUGAAAUCAACAUAAAUGAAUGUCACUCAAACCCCUGUCUCCAUAAUGCAACUUGUACAGACCUUAUUGGCGGAUAUGACUGUGUCUGCCUUUCCGGCUUCACAGGUAUGCACUGUGAAACUGAUAUAGAUGAAUGUGCUUCGUUUCCUUGCAAGCAUGGAGGCACCUGCAUUGACCAACCUGGUAAUUACUACUGCCAAUGUGUGACUCCAUUUAAAGGUUUUAAUUGUGAAUUCAGGCCCUGUGAGAGAGGGAAUCCCUGUGAGAACGGAGCUGUGUGUCUGAAAGAGACAGACUUGGCUGCCUUUCCCCUUGGAUUCCGGUGCAAGUGUCUGAAGGGCUUUGAAGGCCCACGCUGUGAGAUCAACGUCAACGAGUGCAGCUCUAACCCUUGCUUCCAUGGAUAUUGCUACGAUGUUGUUGACGGCUUCUACUGCUUGUGCAACCCUGGGUAUGCAGGACAAAAAUGUGACCAAGAUAUUGAUGACUGCCUCUUUAACGCAUGUAAACACAAUUCUACCUGUGUGGAUCUCCAUUUGGGCUACCAGUGUGUCUGCCUCCUUGGCUGGGAAGGACCAUUUUGUGAAUCUGAAUCCAAUGAGUGUGACUCUGCACCUUGUAAGAAUAAUGGCACUUGCAUUGAUCUCUUCAAUGACUUCCGUUGUUUGUGUGCAGCAGGCUGGACAGGGCAGCAAUGCAGCGAAGAUAUAAAUGAAUGCGAUUCUGAACCAUGCCUGAAUGGAGCCACCUGCCAUGAGUCCACUGUCUAUGGUCAAUUUCUAUGUGUUUGCCCUCCAUUUUAUAUUGGAAGGACUUGCCAGUAUCGCUACAACCCAUGUGAUGCCCCCUACAACCCAUGUAUCAACAACUCUACUUGUUUGGCACAAGUUAAUGGGAAGCCAUUGUGCAUCUGUCAAAAAGGAUUUGAAGGUGCUUACUGUGAAAUUGACAACAAUGAAUGCAUCUCCAGCCCGUGUAAGAAUCAAGGUCACUGUGUGGAUGGGGUUAACGGUUACAGGUGCUUCUGCAGAGAUGGCUUUUCUGGGACAUUGUGUGAAGUGGAGAUUAAUGAGUGUGCCUCAAAUCCCUGUGCAAACAGUGGAACAUGCAUAGAUCUUAUAAACAGGUUCCUUUGCCACUGCCCAACUGGUUACUAUGGGUCGUUCUGUGAGCUGGAUGUGGAUGAAUGUGAAAUUAUUCCUUGCUUGCAUGGAGGAAGCUGCUUCAACAAGCCUGGCGGCUAUCAAUGUGUCUGUGCUCCUGGUUUCACAGGCAACCAGUGCGAAGUGGAUAUAGAUGAAUGCGUUUCAACACCUUGUCUCAACAAUGGAAGCUGCGUCGAUGGCAUCAGCUACUAUAAGUGCUACUGCCGAAGUGGUUUUAUUGGAAUAAACUGUGAAACAAAUGCUGAUGAAUGUUUGUCAGCGCCUUGUCUUCAUGGAAGAUGCAUUGACCUCAUUGAUGGGUAUCGGUGCAACUGCGAAGGGGGGUGGACCAGUUCAAGAUGUGAAAUUGACGUUAAUGAAUGUGAAUCGGCUCCCUGUCUUAAUGGAGGUUCUUGUCAAGAUUUGGUCAAUGCCUUUGAGUGCAUUUGCUUGAGUGGAUACACUGGUGAAUUUUGUGAAGUGGAUAUUGAUGUUUGCGCUGAACCUCUUCUGAACUCAUCCCUCUGUUUCAAUGGAGGCAAAUGUGUUGAUGGCCCAGGAAGAACUUUUUAUUGCAGAUGCCUGGAUGGAUUCUCUGGUCAGUUUUGUGAAGCAGACAUUAAUGAGUGCAUCUCAUCACCAUGCCAGCAUGGCGCCGUCUGUGAAGACCUUAUUAAUGGAUACUUCUGCAGAUGUCAGGAAGGCUGGGAAGGCUUCCGUUGUGAAGAGGAUAUCAAUGAAUGUGCAUCAAAUCCCUGCAUGCAUGGGAUUUGCAUCCAGAAUGAACCAGGCUUUGGCUACACGUGUUACUGCAAACCUGGAUUUGUGGGCCGAAGCUGUGAGCUUAAUUACGACGAUUGCUUAAUACGUACCUGCCCUGCUGGGUUUCUCUGUGUGGAUGGAAUAAACAAUAUCACCUGUUUACCUGCAGUCCCCCAAAGGGGACAAACCAUCAUCAAAAUGGAAGGAGUGCCCCCUAGUGAGCCAUUACAGAGAGGCCUCGCAUCAGCCCAUCCAAGCCUCUCGCCUUCUGACCUUUAUAUUUUUCAAACUUCCACAGAUUCUAGCUAUAUCCAAUACCAAGGGAAUUCUUACAUGGAAUUUGAGGGUUUUCAUUUGCAACCACAAAACAACAUCAGUUUAGAAUUCCAGACCUUCAGCUUCGAAGGAACCAUUCUUUAUAUUGAACAGAACCCAAGAACAGUGGGACAUUUCGUUAUUCAACUUUCUGUCAAACAUGGGACCUUACAGUACCAAUUUGUAUGCGACAGCGUAGGAGAAAUUAGAAACAUCAGUACUAAUGUGAGAGUGGAUGAUGGACAGAAAUACAGAGUGCGCGUUAGGCAAGACUUGGCAAUGUGCGAGGCUGAAGUGACUAUCCUGGGAGUAGCUACAAAAGCAAGCAUGUCCAGCAACCAUUGGUCAACUUUCAUUUGGGAUGCAACAGGACCAAUAUUUGUUGGUGGUUUACCACAUCCUUAUGCAACAAAGCAGAUGACUGAACCCACCUACAAUUUUACUGGCUGUAUAGAAGUUACAGAAAUCAAUAACUUGGGACCCUUCACCUUUGCUAAUGCUGUGAACAAAAACAAUAUUGACAGUUGCAGAUUUCCUCUAUCUGAAGAAACACCGAUGGAUGUCUCUGGCACUGUUUCCGAAGCACUCAAGUCAGCUUUGCCCUCACCUGCUCGCCCAGUCUCGUUGUCAGCCUGCCAAGAGAAUUUGUGUCGUAAUGGAGGGACAUGCCAUCCCAUCAAUCUUCCUGAUGGCGUCAACUCGUUUCAAUGUGACUGCCGUCUGCAUUUUACUGGACGCUUCUGUGAAAAAGAUACAACCCUAUUUUUCCCAUCGUUCGCCGUGAAUUCAUAUUUGGAACUACCUUCUCUAACAUCUCUGUCUAAGGACAGACAUGCAUCAGGACCACAGUGGAACCGAAUGAUGAUUCACUUGACAGUGAAGACUACUGCUUUGAAUGGCACCCUCCUUUACACCGGUGAUGAGGAUGCCAGAGGACAUUUUCUUCACCUUUACCUUGAUGAUGGUAGACCAACAGCUCAGCUUGGCUGUAGCACUUCACGGGACAUUCUGACGGCAACUGUCAAUCACUCCAUUAGCAGAGAUGCCCUUGUGCCGAUCACAGUCAGCUAUAUGUUGCCUUCUGACAGUCCCGAAGGCCAUUGCCUGCUUGAAAUGACUGCGGAUGAAAAUCCUCCUGUACGUCGGGGGCUCUUUCUGCCACAUCGGUUGACUCAGGUUACCUUUGGGCCAAUAUUCCUUGGGAAUGUCCCAGAUCACAUUAAGAUUCAUCCGAGUUCUGGGUGGAUUUAUGGCUUCAGAGGCUGCAUUAGGGAGUUCCAGGUGAACAACAAAGAACUCUUCAUCAUAGACGAAGCCUUGGGAGGAAGGAACAUCGAGAACUGCAAUGUCCCUGUUUGUGACUAUCAUCCAUGCCGCAACGGUGGCACUUGCACCAGUGAUACAGAGAACUGGUUCUGUGAAUGCUCUGCUCUCUACUCUGGGAAAUUAUGUCAGCUUUCAACCUGUGAGGAGAACCCAUGUGGAAACGGAGCAACAUGUUUUCCAAAAUCCAGCCAAGACACCGUGUGCCUCUGUCCCUAUGGAAGGACUGGAAUCCUUUGUAAUGAUGUUAUUAAUAUUACCUAUCCUAACUUCAGUGGGACAGAUAGCUUUGGCUAUACCUCAUUCCUAGCCUAUUCAGUGAUUCCAAACAUCAGCCUCUACUAUGAAUUCCAACUGAAAUUUCAAUUAGCAAACCACAACUCUUCACUGCAAGACAACCUGAUAUUUUUCACUGGUCAGAAGGGUCAAGGUCUUAAUGGCGAUGAUUUCUUAGUGCUAGGCCUGCGCCACGGCUGCCUGGUUUACAGCUACAACCUAGGAUCUGGAACAGCCACUAUCAUUAGUGAGCUGCUAGAUCUGACAAGGCAUAUUCACGUGGUCAGUCUUGGCAGAUUUCUUCAGGAUGGCUGGAUGAAGGUGGAUGACCAUGAAAACAAAACAGUCACAUCUCCAGGAACUUUGGUUGGGCUCAAUGUCUUCAGCCAGUUUUACGUAGGAGGUUACAUUGAAUACAUCCCAGAACUCUUACCGAAUGGAUCCAAUUUUAAGAAUGGCUUUCAAGGUUGCAUUUUUGAUAUACGAGUUCGCACUGGGAGGGACCAGCCAUUUAAAGCCCCAGGAAUCCCAGAAGGCCACCCGAAUGCUGGUCGCAGCGUAGGACAGUGUGACGAGUCUCCGUGCCGCUUCAUAAAAUGUGGAAAUAGGGGGACGUGCGUGGAAAGCGGCUCUACCGUUUACUGCCACUGCCCCACUGGCUGGAAAGGAGCAUUCUGCAUGGAGACAGUUUCUGUCUGUGAUCCCGAGCACAAGCCACCCCACAGGUGCAGGCAAGGUUCCACCUGUGCCCCACUGCCUGACGGCUACACCUGCCACUGCCCACUAGGAACCACUGGCAUCUACUGUGAACAAGCCCUAACCAUAAGCGAUGCAUCUUUCAGUAGCAACAAAUCUUCUUGGAUGUCAUUUGACUCCUUCAGCAUCCGACGCAAGGUUCAUAUCCAGUUGCAGUUCCAAGCCCUUUCAGCAAACGGCAUCCUCUUCUACACUGCUCAACACCUGAGCCCACGAUCAGGCGAUUUCCUAAGCAUCUCCUUAGUAAACUGGUAUGUACAGCUGCGCUACAACCUUGGUGACAGAACGGUAAUUCUGCAGACUUUCCAAAAUGUACACAGCACAAACAGUACAUGGUAUUUAAUUAAAGCAGGGAGAGUUGGCAAUGAAGGCUACCUCGACCUCAAUGGCAUCAAUAUAACCCGGGAAGCUAGUAGUGGCAUGACUGCCUUAGAUACACGCACAGACUUCUACGUAGGUGGAGUCUCUUCUUUAAAUCUGGUUAAUCCCAUGGCAAUCAAGAAUGAACCCAUUGGCUUUACAGGCUGCAUUCGAGAGGUUCUUGUCAACGGCAGAGAGCUAAAACUGACUGAGAAAGGAGCUAAAGGUGGCGCCAACGUAGGCGACUGCGAUGGAACUCCUUGUGGGUAUACAGUGUGCAAAAAUAGUGGAGAAUGCAAAGUUGAACCAUCGGGUUUCUAUUGCUUGUGCCCCAAGCAUUGGACAGGGAAGACAUGUGAGCAGUCUGCUUAUUGUUCACAUAGUAAAUGUCUGCAUGGAGGCAUUUGUAUACCUACCCCAGCUUUACUUUCAUAUACAUGUGCAUGUAGACUUGGCUGGUCAGGCCUCCGUUGUGAAAAAAAGAUCUCAUUUUUUACUGCAAAAUUUACAGGCAAUUCAUACCUCAAAUACAUAGAUUCCAACUAUAAAAGAAGGGACCUCAGAUUCACUAGGAUAUCUUUCAAUUUCACCACUGAACACGAGGAUGGUUUACUUGUAUGGUUAGGGAAGGCUGAAAAUGAAGACAAUGAUUUCCUUGCAGCUGGACUUGCUAGUGGAAUGCUGAAAGUCAUGGUAAACCUUGGAGAAAGCAUUGCUGUCCCUCUUGUUCCGCAAAGCAAGUCUCUAUGUUGCAAAAAAUGGUAUUUUGUCACCAUUGCACAGAACAAGACUCUCAUCAAAGUGUACCUCGAUGAGGAAUUAGUUCUCUUUGAAGAUCUAGAUCCACAAAGAAAAUAUACUGCUCUCAAUUAUGGAGGGACUUGCUAUUUUGGAGGAUUUGGGCUCAAUAGGAGAGUGAACACUGUCACCUCAGGGCUGUUCAAUCAGGAGUUUGUUGGCAAAAUUAAAGACGUUAUCCUGUUUCAAGAUUCUAAAAAGAUCCUGCUGAUUAAGGCAGAAGGCUAUAAUGUUUAUAGUGGAGAUAAGGAUUAACUGCUGAAUAAGAACCUUUUAAUGUAAGUACAAAAUUUGAAUUUUUACUUACAGUGCAUGAUGCAUUAUAGGAAACCUUUCCUUCAGGCUCCUUGGCUCUUGGACUCCCUUCACAGUCCCCAGCUCCCUUGGUUGUCUCUGAGUGAGGUUUUAAUCCUAGCCAAACUAUUUUUCCUUCUCUCUGAGAAGCUGGACUUCAGAAAUGUUUAAAUUCCCGAAGCAACUGAUAGUUGAAAAAAGGCAAUUAUUUUGUGUUAAUUUAGGUGUUUCAAAACAAUCAUUUUAUUUUCUAUAUCAUAGGUAGCUUUUGUAUAUGAAAUGAGAAUCAUGUAUAUUCAAUAUAGAAUUUUUUUAAUUUUCUGUUAGCUUAUUCUCAUAGAACUUUGCCUCCAAGUUUUAGAGCAUACAGUAUUCAGAAAAUAAAUGCCAAAUGAGAUAGAAACACAGUGGUAAAAGUAUUUUUUUAAAUACCAAACGUGUUUACAGUUCCCCUACAAAAGCCAACUGGGUAUUUCCACCAUUGCUGACAAGCAACAUUUUCUUGACUGAAUGUCUGUGUAUAAAACACACAGCUUUUUCCCCCCAGCCAGAACUCCACAAAAGUGUGGGGAGAGACCUGACCAGCCUCAGCAAAGCCCCACUGUGCCUCCGAC